UGGUCGGGGUCACAGGCCAGGUUCAGCAGGUAGCAAGCAGCGUAGUACAGAGGGUCAGGCAGAGGGAUGGUCAGGGUCACAAGCCAGGGAUCAGAACAGGGAUGGUCAGGAGCGAGCCGGGAUCAGAGCAGGAGAAGUCAGCAGCGGUUCAGAAACAAGAUGCAGGACAGAAACAGGAUACAGGGCCCAGGACAAACACAACACCAAGGCAGAGUCUGCAAGUCUGGCCAUCCCUUAAAUACACCAGUAUCAUCAGUUCCAGGUGUUAGCUGGCUGAAAGGUUGAGUCUCUGAUUGCUGGGAGCACCCGCUGGCCAGCCCUGGUACUGCAGAUCAAAAGGCAGGUGAGUCCCACCAUUGCUGGCCAGUCCAUUCCUGACAAUCUCCAUGUAUAAUACAUAAGGGGGAUAUGAUCUCCAUGUAUAAUACAUAAGGGGGGAUAUGAUCUCCAUGUAUAAUGCAUAAGGGGGGAUAUGAACACCAUGUAUAAUACA